GGAGGACUGUGUUCUCGUUGGUUGGAGGCCCAGAGCGGCCCGCGUGGGGCCGCUCUAGCGCACGCUUCCGGCCUCUCUCUGGUGGGACUUCCGGGACCGCGUGCGGACUAACGGCGGUGGGGGGCACCCCAAAAAUUUGGGGGGGGCGCCAUGUACGCCGUGUACAAACAAGCCCACCCCCCCACGGGGUUGGAAUUUGCCAUGUUCUGCAACUUCUUCUCCAACGCCGAGCGCAAUUUGGUGGUGGCCGGGACCUCCCAGCUCUACGUUUAUCGCCUCAACCACGACUGCGAGACGGGCACUAAAGGAGACAGAAACACCGAGGGUAAAGGGCACAAAGAGAAGCUGGAGCUCAUGGCCUCCUUCUCCUUCUUCGGCAACGUCAUGUCCAUGGCCAGUGUCCAGCUGGCGGGGGCCAAGCGUGACGCGCUGCUCCUCAGCUUCAAGGACGCCAAACUCUCCGUGGUGGAGUACGACCCCGGCACCCACGACCUGAAGACUCUUUCCCUUCACUACUUCGAGGAGCCGGAGCUGCGGGACGGCUUCGUGCAGAACGUGCACAUCCCACGGGUGCGCGUGGACCCCGACGGGCGCUGCGCAGUGAUGCUGAUCUACGGCACGCGGCUCGUGGUGCUGCCCUUCCGGCGCGACUCGCUCAGCGACGAGCACGACGGCCCCGUGGGAGAGGGGAAAUCCAGUUUCCUACCCGACUACAUCAUCGACGUGCAGCUGGACGAGAAGCUGCUCAACAUCAUCGACAUGCAGUUCCUGCACGGCUACUACGAGCCCACCCUCCUCAUCCUCUUCGAGCCCAACCAGACAUGGCCGGGGCGCGUGGCCGUGCGCCAGGACACCUGCAGCAUCGUGGCCAUUUCGCUCAACAUCACGCAGAAGGUCCAUCCCGUCAUCUGGUCGCUCAGCAACCUGCCCUUCGACUGCACGCAGGCGCUGCCGGUCCCCAAGCCCAUCGGGGGGGUCGUGAUCUUCGCCGUCAACUCGCUGCUGUACCUGAACCAGAGCUGUUUGGGGUUGGUUUGGGGUGGUUUGGGUUGGUUUGGGUUCGUUUGGGGUUGGUUUGGGUUGGUUUGGGGUUGGUUUGGGUUGGUUUGGGUUGGUUUGGGGUUGGUUUGGGUUGUUUUGGGGUUGGUUUUGGUUGGUUUGGUUGGUUUGGGGUUGUUUUGGGGUUGGUUUGGGUUGGUUUGGGUUGGUUGGGGUUGGUUUGGGUUGGUUGGGGAGUGUGACGCUGUGUCCCCAGGGGUGCAGGAGGGGGUGCGGAUGACGCUGGACUGUGCCCAGGCCACCUUCAUCUCCUAUGACAAGAUGGUCAUCUCGCUCAAAGGGGGCGAGAUCUACGUCCUGACGCUGAUCACCGACGGGAUGCGCAGCGUCCGCUCCUUCCACUUCGACAAGGCGGCCGCCAGCGUCCUCACCACCUGCAUGGUGACGCUGGAGCCCGGGUACCUGUUCCUGGGGUCCCGGUUGGGGAACUCGCUGCUGCUCAAGUACACGGAGAAGCUGCAGGAGCCGCCGCCCGCGGGCAGGGACGGGAACGACCGGCCUGAGGAGCCCCCCGUGAAGAAGAAACGUGCAGAGCCCGCGGGGACAUGGGCAGGCGGGCAGGCGGCGCAGGACGAGGUGGACGAGAUUGAGGUUUACGGCUCCGAGGCGCAGUCAGGCACCCAACUGGCCACCUUCUCCUUCGAGGUGUGCGACAGCAUCCUCAACAUCGGGCCCUGCGCCAACGCGGCCAUGGGGGAGCCGGCCUUCCUGUCCGAGGAGUUCCAGAGCAGCCCUGAGCCCGACCUGGAGAUCGUCCUGUGCUCCGGCUACGGCAAGAACGGCGCCCUCACCGUGCUGCAGAGGAGCGUCCGGCCACAGGUGGUGACAACGUUCGAGCUGCCGGGAUGUCACGACAUGUGGACGGUCAUCGCGCCCCAGCGCAGGGAGGAGCCGAGUGACACGGCACCGGGGGAGGACAGCGAGAAGGAGACACCGUCCCCCGCGUCCCCCGAGGAGGACGGCAAGCGGCACGGCUUCCUCAUCCUCAGCCGUGAGGACUCCACCAUGAUCCUGCAGACGGGGCAGGAGAUCAUGGAGCUGGACACCAGCGGCUUCGCCACCCAGGGCCCCACCGUGUUCGCCGGGAACAUCGGGGACAACCGGUACAUCGUGCAGGUGUCACCGCUCGGCAUCCGCCUGCUCGAGGGAGUGACGCAGCUGCACUUCGUCCCGGUGGACCUGGGGUCCCCCAUCGUUCACUGCGCGCUGGCCGACCCGUUCGGCGUCAUCCUGAGCGCCGAGGGACACGUCACCAUGUUCGUGCUCAAGAGCGACACCUACGGGGGGCGCACCCACCGCCUGGCGCUGCAGAGACCCCCGCUGCACCCCCAACCCAAGGUGAUCGCGCUGUGCCUGUACCGCGACGUCAGUGGGAUGUUCACCACCGAGAGCCGCGUCCCCGGGCCCCGCGACGACGUCCCCCCCCGCGCCCCCGCCGAGGCCGAGACCCUCAUCCAGGACAUCAGUGACACGGUGGAUGACGAGGAGGAGAUGCUGUACGGGGACUCGGGGACGCUGUUCAGCCCGGCCCGGGAGGAGCCGCGGCGCGGCGCCAACCCCCCCGCCGAGCGGCAGCCCCCCCAGCAGCGGCCCGAGCCCACGCACUGGUGUGUGCUGGUGCGGGAGAACGGCGCCAUGGAGCUGUACCAGCUGCCGGAGUGGCGCCUGGUGUUCCUGGUGAAGAACUUCCCGGUGGGGCAGCGGGUGCUGGUGGACUCGUCCUUCGGGCAGGCGGCCGUGGGGACGCAGGGGACACAGGGGACAGGGGACGGCAAGGAGGGGACACGCCAGGGGGACCUGCCGCUGGUCAAGGAGGUGCUGCUGGUGGCACUGGGGCACCGCCAGAGCCGCCCCUACCUGCUGGUUCACGUGGAGCAGGAGCUGCUGAUCUACGAGGCCUUUGGGCACGACUCACAGCUGGGCCAGAACAACCUCAAAGUGCGCUUCAAAAAGGUCCCCCACAACAUCAACUUUCGGGAGAAAAAGCCCAAACCGUCCAAAAAGAAGCCGGAGGCGGCGGGGAGCGAGGAGCCGGGGGGGCCGCGCGGGCGCGUCGCGCGCUUCCGCUACUUCGAGGACAUCUACGGAUAUUCGGGGGUGUUCAUUUGUGGGCCCAACCCGCACUGGCUGCUGGUGACGGGCCGGGGAGCGCUGCGCCUGCACCCCAUGGCCAUCGACGGCCCCGUCGACUCCUUCGCCCCCUUCCACAACGUCAACUGCCCCCGUGGCUUCCUCUACUUCAACAGGCAGGGGGAGCUGCGGAUCAGCGUCCUCCCCGCGUACCUGUCGUACGACGCGCCCUGGCCCGUGCGCAAGAUCCCGCUGCGCUGCACCGCGCACUACGUGGCCUACCACGUCGAGUCCAAGGUUUACGCCGUGGCCACCAGCGUGAUCAACCCCUGCACCCGCAUCCCCCGCAUGACGGGCGAGGAGAAGGAGUUCGAGAGCAUCGAGCGCGAUGAUAGGUACGUGCCCCCGCAGCAGGAGGCAUUUUCCAUCCAGCUGAUCUCCCCGGUGAGCUGGGAGACCAUCCCCAACACGCGGAUCGAGCUGGAGGAGUGGGAACAUGUCACCUGCAUGAAGACGGUGUCACUGCGCAGCCAGGAGACUGUGUCGGGGCUCAAGGGCUACGUGGCCGUGGGGACGUGUCUCAUGCAGGGCGAGGAGGUCACCUGCCGUGGCAGGAUCCUGAUCAUGGACGUGAUCGAGGUGGUGCCGGAGCCGGGGCAGCCGCUCACCAAGAACAAGUUCAAGGUUCUGUACGAGAAGGAGCAGAAGGGGCCAGUGACAGCCCUGUGUCAUUGCCACGGCUACCUUGUGUCCGCCAUCGGCCAGAAGAUCUUCCUGUGGAGCCUGCGUGCGGGGGAGCUGACGGGCAUGGCGUUCAUCGACACCCAGCUCUACAUCCACCAGCUCAUCAGCGUCAAGAGCUUCAUCCUGGCCGGGGACCUGGUGAAGAGCAUCUGCCUCCUGCGCUACCAGGAGGGCAGCAAGACGCUGUCCCUCGUCAGCCGGGACGCGAAGCCCUUGGAGGUCUAUAGUGUGGACUUCAUGGUGGACAGCGGCCAGCUGGGCUUCCUGGUGUCCGACCGCGACCGCAACCUGCUGGUGUACAUGUACCUGCCCGAAGCCAAGGAGAGCUUCGGGGGGCUGCGGCUGCUGCGCCGCGCCGAUUUCCACGUGGGCGCGCACGUGAACACGUUCUGGCGCACGCCGUGCCGGGGUGGCGGCGACGGGCCCCGCAGGACCAGCGCCUGGGACAACAAGCACAUCACCUGGUUCGCGACGCUGGACGGGGGGCUGGGGCUGCUGCUGCCCAUGCAGGAGAAAACCUACCGGAGGCUGCUGAUGCUGCAGAACGCGCUGGGCAGCGCCCUGGCCCACCACGCGGGACUGAACCCACGGGCCUUCAGGCUGCUGCACACGGAGCGGCGGGCGCUGCAGAACGCGGUGCGGAACGUGCUGGACGGGGAGCUGCUGCAGCGCUACCUGUACCUGAGCACCAUGGAGCGCGCCGAGCUGGCCAAGAAGAUCGGCACCACCCCCGACAUCAUCCUGGACGACCUGCUGGAGAUCGACCGCGUGACGGCGCAUUUUUGAGAGACCCCCCCCCAGAAAUACAUUUUAUAAAGAACCGGGACCCCC